AAUGCCUCUGUCGCACAUCUCCACCUCCGGGAGGUUCUUGUCCCGACUCUCCUCCACGAUCUUCUUCAGAGACUUGGACAUGUUGUCUUCUGGAAACAGUCACAGCGGCUGAGAGGCGGUGAGGCGCAUGGAACUUUGUUUCAACCGCCAUUACACUCCAGAGAAGAAGAAGUGACAGCAGUCACGUGUCGUAAUGGAGGGCGUGCGGGUGCUCGAGCUGUACAGCGGGAUAGGAGGGAUGCAUUAUGCUUUAAAGGAGAGCGGCAUACCGGCCCAGGUUGUGGCUGCCAUCGACAUAAACACCACAGCAAAUCAAAUCUACAAGCACAAUUUCCCCGACACCGUCCUCUGGAGUAAGACCAUUGAGGGCAUAACACUUGACGACUUCAAUAGAUUAUCUUUUGACAUGAUUUUGAUGAGCCCUCCUUGCCAGCCGUUCACCAGGUUAGGACUUCAGGGUGACAUCGCUGAUCCCAGAACCAAGAGCUUCCUCUACAUCCUUGAUCUUCUGCCAAGGCUGUGCCGGCCGCCCCGCUUCAUCCUGCUGGAGAAUGUGAAAGGCUUUGAGACCUCAUCUGCCAGGGAACGUUUGGUGAAAACACUGACAGACUGUGGAUACACUUUCCAGGAGAUCAUGAUCUCUCCCACCAGUGUUGGGAUCCCAAAUUCAAGACUGCGUUAUUUCCUGCUCGCCAAGAUUUCAACAGAAAACUUCAGCUCAAAGAUUUUAGAUGCCUUUCCACAUCCUGCUGAGAGUGAUUCCCCUGAGCAGCCCACAGUCUUGAGUCCUCCCCACCCAGGUACCUGCCAGCCAGAGGAGGACCUGCAGGGCGGUCAUUUCCUGUAUAAACUAGAGACAACGCUGGAAGUCCAGAGGAAGAUGAGUCAGAACAACGAUCUGUCCGUCAGGCAGAUCCAAGACUUCCUGGAACCACAGAUGGAAGUAGACAUGGAACAGCAUCUCCUUCCUCCUAAAACACUGCUGCGGUACGCUCUGAUCUUGGACAUUGUUCGGCCCACCUGCAGGAGGUCUGUCUGCUUCACCAAAGGCUACGGGCGGUAUGUGGAGGGAACUGGCUCAGUGCUGCAGUGCUGCACGGAAACAGAGAUGGAGAGUGUGUUUAAAGGUCUGGACCAGUGCUCUGAAGAUGAGAAACUCCAGCGGCUGUCGAAACUGAAGCUCCGGUAUUUCACUCCCAGAGAAGUUGCCAACCUCAUGGGCUUCCCUCAAACCUUCUCCUUCCCGGAGCACGUCACCACCAAGCAGCAGUACAAAGUCCUAGGAAACAGCCUGAAUGUGGUGGUGGUGGCCAGACUCCUACAGCUGCUCGUCUCCUAGCACCUGAAGGAGGAGACCAUCCUGUGUGUCAUCCUGUGUGUCAUUGUGGAUACACGUCAUAGAGAGCUCUCGUCCCAGUGGACAUGUACAUAGUCUACUCAGUGUUGCAGAUGUUAAAUGUUGGAACAUUGUAAGUUACAUGUUUCUGACAUUUCACUUCAAACAGUGCAUGGCUGCACAUGAAUGUUUUGUUUUUUAU